AUUAACUGAGGACAUUUCUGUUUUCUCAAGUUCAAUUGCUCAUUUAUAUAGCAGUUUAACUAAGCCUUGCUUUGAUUUGAUGUUAAUUGGGUUAACGUUGAUGCGUUCGUCACAGAAAAUGAAGGCAAACAUAUUAUCAGGACCUACUUUAGCUGUAUGUGUUAUAUCGCUUACUGCAUACAUUAUGCGAAUUGUGUCGCCAAAAUUUGGACAACUUGUAUCAGAAGAAGCAAAUCGUUAUGCAUAUCUGAGGCAUAUACACUCUCGGAUAAUCACGAAUGCUGAAGAAAUAGCUUUUUAUGGAGGACAUAAGGUGGAACUUCAACAACUUCGACAAGCAUAUAAUCGACUUGCAAUUCAAAUGAAUAAUAUAUUUGUACAAAAACUUUGGUUUAUAAUGCUUGAACAGUUCUUUAUGAAAUAUGUUUGGUCUGGAACAGGCAUGGUUAUGGUAUCUUUACCGAUUCUUACCUCCUCCUUUCAACAUAAUGCAAGUAAUGGAAAUAUAAAAAAUGGUGAUAAAACUGUUACAGAUCCAAAUAUCAGCGAGCGAACGCAAUACUUAACUACAGCCCGUAAUUUACUUAUAUCAGCGGCUGAUGCAAUAGAACGUCUUAUGUCUUCUUACAAAGAGAUUGUUGCCUUAGCUGGUUAUACCCAUAGAGUAGCUGGAAUGAUUGAAGUUUUACAAGAUACUGCACAAGGUGUAUAUAAAAGAAAUACAGUGGAUGAGAAAAUGAUUACCAAUAAUAUUAUCGAAUUUCGUAAUGGGACCCCAAUUGCAAAAGGAAAAAUUAUAUACUUUGACGAACAAAAUGAAGCAUGCAUAUCAUUACAUUCGGUUCCAGUUGUAACACCAAACUGUGAUAUUGUUAUACCUAAUCUAACGUUGUGUAUUAAGCCAGGGAUGCAUUUAUUAAUAACUGGGCCAAAUGGAUGUGGAAAAUCUAGCCUCUUUCGUAUACUUAGCGGAAUGUGGCCUAUAUAUUCGGGUGAAUUGCAUAUUCCCCGACCUGUUGAAGGAAAACCCUGCAUGUUUUAUAUACCUCAGAGGCCUUAUAUGUCGAUUGGUAGUCUUUGUGAUCAAAUUAUAUAUCCUGAUAAUAGAGACGAUAUGAAGAACAAAGGAAUAACAAUAAAUGAGCUUAAAAGAAUUUUAAAAAUGGUUAAUUUGGAACACAUUGCACAGAGAGAUAGUUUUGAUGGAAUUAGGGAUUGGAAAGAUAUUUUAUCCGGCGGAGAAAAACAGCGCAUGGCAAUUGCAAGAUUAUUUUAUCACAAACCUAAAUAUGCUUUACUUGAUGAAUGCACUAGUGCUGUUUCAAUUGAUGUCGAAAGCUCCAUAUAUGAGGAGGCAAAAAGUAUGGGUAUAACUCUUCUAACAAUUACGCAUAGACCGACCUUAUGGAAAUACCAUACACACAUUCUAGAAUUUGACGGACAAGGAAGUUGGAACUUCCGCAAAAUGGAACCAAAUGAGCAACAGAGACGAGUAGCAAAAUAAUUAAUUAUAUACGUCUCUUAUAACAAUAAGAGACGUAUUUGAAUUUGUAUUAUUGGUGUGGUAAUAAAAAGAACAAUAUUAUAAUGUAAUAUAUUAAUAAUAAAAAUUAUGUAUAUUUUAUGUAA